CACCGCCAUUGAAAAGCUUUAGCAUUUGUUUUUUGUUUAUUUUUUUGUUCUUAUUCACGCAGAUUCACACAUUUGAGGAAGCUCAAACGCCGGAAUCGAAUUUCACCGAUGGCGGAGGAGGGUGGGGAGGAGUACCUGUUCAAGAUAGUGAUUAUCGGCGAUUCAGCGGUGGGGAAAUCGAAUCUGCUGUCGCGAUUUGCUCGGGAUGAGUUCGACCACAACUCCAAGGCGACAAUCGGUGUGGAGUUCCAGACGCAGGUCGUGGAGGUCGACGGGAAGGAGGUGAAGGCGCAGGUGUGGGAUACCGCCGGCCAGGAGCGAUUCCGCGCGGUAACCUCUGCUUAUUACCGCGGCGCGGUGGGGGCGCUGGUGGUUUACGAUAUCAGCAGGAAGACGACCUUCGAAAGCAUCAAGCGAUGGCUCGACGAGCUUAACACCCAUUGCGACACUACAGUCGCAAGAAUGCUCGUGGGGAACAAAUGCGACUUAGAGGACAUCAGGCAGGUGAGCGUGGAGGAGGGCAAAACGCUGGCGGAAGAAGAAGGGCUGUUCUUCAUCGAGACAUCUGCCCUCGACUCCACUAAUGUGAACAAGGCAUUCGAGAUUGUUAUACGUGAGAUCUACGAGAAGGUUAGCCGGAAAAUCCUCAACUCCGAUUCUUACAAGGCUGAGUUAUCUGUCGAUAGGGUGAACCUGGCGAAGGAGGUCGACCUUUCAAAGCAGAAUUCGGGCGCGCUCUCGUGCUGUUCGAGGUAAUUCUUUGAUGUCUGUUUUGUUUUGUUUUGUUGAUGGUUAAGGCUUUGGGAGAUUUUUAUCUGCUUGUAUUUAUUGUUGUCUUGUGGCCAGCUUUUUAAAGUUUUGCUGGUUGUUUGUGUGUUGUUUAUUUUGGGCAAUAAACCUGGGAACCAUGUAAUAGUUUUAUUGCAGCCGUAUUAAUUUAUUACUUACAUAUAUGUAUUUGAAGGUUUUCUCUA